AUGUUCACAUUCACACCACUGCUUGGCGCGCAGUACUCUUCAUCCAGAGCAUCACAGUCAAUAUUAGAGCUCGAUGGGGGCAUUAAGAUUCUAGUGGAUGUUGGCUGGAGUGAUACCUUUGAUACCCGUGAUCUGGUGGAGCUUGAAAAGCAUAUUCCGACUCUCUCACUGAUUUUAUUGACCCAUGCGACUCCCGUGCACAUCGGUGCCUACGUUCAUUGCUGCAGAACAUAUCCUCUCUUCACUCAGAUUCCCGUCUAUGCGACAAGCCCCGUUAUUGCCCUUGGUCGCAACACUCUCCAGGACUUAUACGCCUCAGCACCACUGGCCGCUACAUUUCUGCCAAAGGCGUCAGUUUCAGAACCCGGCGCAUCCUCUACAGCAUCGGCGAUCGCUUUAGGAGAAACAUCGGAAGCUGCUGGCAGCACAGGACGUGUUCUUCUUCAGCCACCGACUACAGAGGAGAUUUCCCGAUUCUUUUCUCUCAUUCAGCCCCUUAAAUACUCACAGCCACAUCAACCACUUCCGUCUCCCUUCUCGCCGCCUCUGAACGGACUCACCUUAACCGCUUACAACGCCGGACAUACAGUUGGUGGAACAAUAUGGCAUAUCCAGCAUGGCAUGGAAUCAAUUGUUUAUGCUAUGGACUGGAACCAGGCACGUGAGAGCGUUGUAGCGGGAGCUGCGUGGUUUGGCGGUUCCGGUGCUAAUGGAACGGAGGUCAUUGAGCAAUUGCGAAAACCCUCUGCUUUGAUCUGUAGCACGACAGGAGGUGACAAGUUUGCCAUUUCUGGUGGCCGGAAAAAGCGAGAUGAUCUCCUUCUCGACAUGAUCAGAAGCAGCCUUGCGAAAGGGGGCACCGUUCUCAUCCCCACUGAUACCAGCGCCCGUGUUCUGGAGCUAGCAUACGCUUUAGAGCACUCCUGGCGGGAUGCAGCGACUGGUGAAAAGGACGAUGUUCUCAAAGGUGCAGGUCUAUACUUGGCCGGUAGAAAAGUCAACACCACUAUGCGUCUUGCCCGCAGUAUGCUCGAAUGGAUGGAUGAGAAUAUUGUUCGUGAAUUUGAAACGGCUGAAGGUGCGGAUGGCGGACCUGGUCAGAGAGGUGGUGGCCAAGGACUGGAGAAAGGUAGUAAAGGAGUCGGUCCCUUUACCUUCAAGCAUCUGAAAACUGUAGAGCGCAAAAGGCAACUCGAAAAGAUUCUAGCAGACCAAGGGCCCAAAGUCAUUCUUGCUUCGGACACGUCACUGGCUUGGGGGUUUGCGAAGGAGUCAUUACGACAAAUCGCCGAAGGCCCCAACAAUUUGUUGUUGCUGACGGAAUCAUUCCGCAAAAAGGCACCCGAUGGACAAGAUCAGUUAUCGACCAGUGCGACCUUGGGAGACACCCUUUGGCAAUGGUAUGAGGAAAGAAGAGAUGGCGUGGCAUUGGAGACUGCUUCAGACGGGGAAUUGCUUGAGCAAGUCCACAGCGGUGGACGAGAAUUGACCUGGACAGAGGUGCAGCGGGCACCACUAGACCCAGGCGAACAGUUGCUUUAUCAGACAUAUCUUGCCACCAAGCGCCAACUCGAGGACACUUCCCAAGUUCGGGGAGGUCAAGAACACCUAGAUAACGCGGCUGAUGCGUUGGACGACGGAUCCAGCUCAACUUCCUCCGAGGACUCAGAUUCAGAGCAGCAAGGCCGUAUUCUCAACUUCUCAACUUCCCUUGCCCACGCUAGUCGCAACAAACUGGCUCUCAGCGACGAAGAUUUGGGUGUCAAUAUUCUUCUCCGGCGGAAGAAUGUCUACGAUUAUGAUGUGCGUGGUAAAAAGGGUCGCGAAAGGAUGUUCCCGUAUGUGGCUCCGAGAAAGAAGGGCGAUGAGUAUGGAGAGUUCAUACGACCAGAGGAGUACCUAAGAGCGGAGGAGCGGGAGGAGAUCGAUAUGCAGCAACGGCGCGCUGAUGCACAGACAAAGCUUGGCCAAAAACGACGAUGGGAUGAGGCUACUGGACCAGCUGGUCGGUCAUCAGGAGGCGCUAGCGGACGAAAACGCCAACAAUUAACCCAGGAUGGACAAAGACUGGAUUCAAGUGUGGCCGAUGACCUCAGCCUUGCUGACACUGCCGAUAUUGCUGUAUCCUCGGAAGAUGAAGCGGUUGACCAGGUAUUCGAAGGCCCUGCCAAGGCUGUAUAUACCAAGGAGUCUAUCACAAUCAACGCUCGUAUUGCCUUUGUUGAUUUCAUGGGAUUGCACGAUAAGCGCAGCUUAGAGAUGCUUAUUCCUCUCAUCCAACCCCAGAAGUUGAUUCUAGUCGGAGGUAUGGAGGAAGAGACAUCGGCGUUAGCGGCGGCGUGCAAGAAGCACCUAGCCACCUCUACAGAAGACGCGGCUGCCAUCAUUUUCACUCCAGUGAAUGGUGAGCUUAUCGACGCCAGCGUCGAUACGAAUGCCUGGCUGGUCAAAUUGAGCAACUCCCUCGUUCGGCGUCUCAAGUGGCAGCACGUCCGGAGCCUAGGUGUGGUCGCCCUAACCGCCCAGCUCCGUGGCCCAGAUGGUACUAAUGAGACUGACGGUACGGACGCCGAAGAUGCAGGCAAGAAGAUGAAGCAGAUACAAGAUGAAAGCGCUUCAUCUGCUGUCACGCCGAUCAUAGAUAAUGUUGUUAAAACUGGCGACAAAUCCGAUGUCAUUCCUCUUCUUGACACAUUGCCCGCCAGUAUGGCUGCAGGAACCAGAGCUGUGACUCGGCCCCUUCAUGUCGGCGAUCUCAGACUUGCAGAUCUUCGCAAAAUAAUGCAAGCAGCCGGCCACACUGCAGAAUUUCGGGGCGAGGGAACACUUCUCAUUGAUAAGUGUGUUGCCGUGCGCAAGUCGGGGACUGGUAGGAUUGAGAUCGAAGCCUCGGCUCAAUCAGCAACCAACCAAGGCAACUUGGGGCGUGGUGCGGGUAGCUUCCUCGCAGUAAAGAGGAAGAUAUACGAGGGACUCGCCGUUGUGGCGGGAAGUUGA